GUCAACAUGAAGAUCACCAUUCUCAUCGGCGCGCUCUUCACCAUGGCAGCUGUAGCUGUCCCUGGAACUGACUCGCUCAAGCGCUCCUUCAAGGACGUCGCUGUCGCCGUCAAUGGCUCACUUACCCACGUCCUGGCUCCCUGUGUCGAGUGCCCUUGCGAUGGUUGGGACGGACCUUGCCACUGCGUUCCGAACGGCUGUUGCUGCACCUAGGUGGACCCUGCGCAG